GUGUAAACUAGAGAAGUCGGCGGGCAUGGGUCGCGGCGGUGGAAAGCCUGGUGCUCGGGGCGCACAUGCUGGACGAAAACAGACAUGGCAGGAAUGGAUAGAUGACUACGAGGCGGCGAGCGAAUGCAUUUUUAAGCACGAUGUUGAAGCGACAGUCAUUGAAGCCGGUGGGCUUGCCCGUAUCUCAAGUUUUCUGCCGGAGUUUGUCGCUGAGGGCAUUCUGACUGUCCUCAAAUCAAUACCAGACUCCAAGUGGAAUGAAACCGCCGCGAGAGAGGACUACCGGCAAAACAACAUCUCGCACUCCUUCUCCUCCGUCAAGCAGGCUAACGGGCUGGAUGCAGUCAUCCGCCUUUUCACGUUGGUCCGGCCGGAAGCAUUGCACGCCUUCUCCGCCGCCAAGUACUGCAAGCGCGACCACAUCGCGCCGCACGACGACCGGGCGUACACGCAGGUGCGUCUGGACAGCGGACGCAUCAUCACCACCUCGCGCGACCUGGCAGUCAUUUACUACCUCACAAAGGACUGGAAGGAGGAGUACGGCGGCGUGCUGGUGGACCUGGAGGAUACCGCCGCAGGGCCCUCCGGCCGGCGCUACGUGCCGCAGUGGAACAGUGUGGUGGCGUUCAAGGUGCCGCGCUAUCACGCCGUCACUGCGCUCACCACCGACCGGCCGCGGUACUCGAUCUUCGGCUGGUUCCUGCUGCCGGGCAAGCGCUACCCGCUGUUCACGGGGGACGACCUGGAGCAGCACAAGCAGCGCACGCUGAGGGCCAAGCACGGACAGCAGCCGGAGCAGGAGCCCGAGGAAGAGGGCGGCGAGGACGAGGAGGAGGACAAGGACGAGGAGGGUGAGGAGGGUGAGGGGUUGGCAGCGGAGGAAGGUGCGGAGGAGGUGCAGGCAGCGCCGCGCAGCCAUGCAGGCGCCGCCGGCUCACGCGGGCGGAUAGAGCAGCCAGCCCCCAAGCGCCACCGUGGCGCGGAGGCAGGCGCGGCUUCGUCACAUCAGGGGCACAGCGAGCGGCGCACAGAAGACGCUGGAGCGGUGGUUGGCGGUGCGUCCGCGGCGAUGGCCAUGGGCUCUGGCCAAGUAGGGAGCCGCGGCGGCGCGGUGCGUUCGAUCGUCAGGCUGCCGGGGAGAUGGCAAGGCCGCCGCAAGCAUGCGUGCAUCUAGCCAACACCGCGGCGGCAGCUCUGGGCUGCAGCAACUUUGGGCAGCAGGUCAUCGUGCAGCGGCAGCACGGCAUCUUCGAAUCCGCCAACGCCGCAGCAGGGGGUGGCAGGGGCGGCGGGCAGUGUGAAGGGCGCCACUAAACGUGGCCUGCAGUGCAGACAGGCUGCCGUGUCGGCAGGUGCCCGAGAGGUAGGGCCCGUUCCGGGUGGUCUUUGGAUGCCGUGUGGGAAGACGGUAGUCGACAAGUGGGUAACCGACAGGUGUGGCUGGGUGUCCUCCUUUCACAGCUGCAGAAAUGUCCGUUAUCACCGAUGUGUCCUUGUCGCAACGGUGCGCAGGGAAUGGCAAAGUUUGGGGAGAUGUGUGCGCCAAACGAGGACUGAGUGGGGGAGUGUUGUUGGGCCUAAGCUUGGAGUCAGCAGGCUUUUUGAGAGACGACAGCUUCCAGUGGAUAUGUUCGCAAUGAUAUGGCGUGUACAGAACACGGCGCAUGUGGGUGACGGUGGGCAGAAAGUGGACUGGGCAGGGUAGUACAGACUGAACUGGGUAGUAGCGUGGAUUCGGCAGGGCAGUGUGGACUCGGCAGCAUGUGUGCAUGUAAUGCGAACUACGAAGGCGCUGGGCUCAGCGAUUGGGCACGUGAUGUCGGACCCAGCCACUCAGGCAACGGUGCUCAUGACGGUUGGGUACAGGGGCUGCUUGGGUGCUGCUGGCCCAGCGGUCAUGUUGGCCAGAGCGCGGGUCGAGCGAGGGAGUGAGCUCGGCAUCAUGCGUGGCAUCAUGUGGCUGGCCUAAGAUCAACCCUAGCCGCGUGCCGUAAGCGUAAAAAGUGUGUUUGCAGCUUGCCCGUGCUCAGAGCUUUUUGUAAAUUCUGCGGGGG